AUGCCAUUGUGUGGUAGACGAGUGCUACGCUCGCUUGCGUGCAUAAUCGUCGCGGUAUGGGCGGGCAGGCCUGUCCCUGUCAGCAGCCCUCUCUCCACCCCAGCGCCCGUGUCAACCGCACCGCCGGCGGAUCAGCCCAGUCAGCACGCAGGCGACAUGAUGGCCGCCGCCGUCCGUGCAUGGCGGGCGGGCGAGCGAGCGAAACGGCCUGCCUCUCUCUGUUCUGCUCUGCUCUGCUCUGACGGGAUUGCUGCUGUUGCUGCUGGCAGGCCCAUGCCCAGCCCAGCCCAGCCCAUGCCCAUCCAUGCCCAUGUCCAUGCCCAUGCCAUGGUGCCCUUCACGCUGUCCCCACCAAGCCCGAUGUGA